AUGAAGUCCCCGAAAGUGUUUGCCUACUACAAGUCAGAGUUUGAUACAGCGUUUGGGUGUCGAGGAUCUAUGAGUGUUGCGAAAGCAACUAUUCAACCUCAUGAGUUUGAUGAAUGCAGGUUUGAUGUCAGUGUCAAUGACUGUAUGUAUUAUUUGAGGGCACCAGACAUUGAAGAACGCCAGAAAUGGGUUAAUGGACUGGAAGCUGUAAAGGCAGCAGAGUCUGGCUAUGGCUCAGAGUCAAGUCUCAGAAAAGGCGGCUCUAUGCUUUCACUGUCAUCUGUCACAAGCUUAUCAACAACAGCAUCAUCUUCUUCUUUCAAGAAAGGGAGAGGCCUGCGUGAAAAGCUGAUGGAACUUGAGACCUUCAGAGACAUUGUCUGCCAGCAGAUAGACACUCUUCAAAACUACUUUGAUGCUUGUGCAGGAGCUGGUGGGAAUCACAAACAAGUUCUUCAUAUGGAAGGGAAUGACCAUGAUCUCUUUGGCAGCAAUGAUGGAUUGGAUAUUGAUGCUGACGAUGAAAUGGAUGAACUUUCAACUACUCCCACUCCAGCCACCUUAAAUCAAGUGGUGGGUAACCUAGCCAACAGGAAAGCAACAUCUGACAGCUCAGACAGUCCACCAGCUGUUCUAUCAAUUGCAAAUGCCAAAGGGGUGGAUUUUAGGGGAGAAUCUAUCACGUUCAAAGCAACUACUACUGGUAUCCUAGAAACUCUUCAACACUGUAUUGAUAUCAUGAAUAAGAGAGAGGAUCACUGGCAGAGACGAUUGGACAAGGAAAUAGAGAAGCGUAAGAAAGCAGAAGCAGCAAUAAAAUCAGCAGUUGUUAAUGCCAGAAAACAAGCAUUCAUCGGAGGUCCAGAUUUUGAGGAAGGACCACAUAGUGCUUUGAAUGAAGAAGAGUUCUAUGAUGCAAUAGAAACUGCUCUUGAUCGCCAGGAUGAAGAAGAAGCUACCAUGAAUGACUUUCAGAGUAGCACCUUCAUGCCUCCUUCUGAGCUUACAAUAGAAGAACCCCCGCACAGACUAAAAACAGAGGUUGAUGAACAUGUAAAGGAAAGCUUACAAAUUGUUUUGGAAAAUGUGGACCACAACUGGAACUUAGUGUAUGAAGAUGGAGAUAUGAAGGUAUACCGGCGAGAUUAUGAAGAAGGAGGUAUUGUACUGGAUCCUAUGAAGGCUACCCAUAUUGUGCAGGGUGUCACGGCCAGGGAGAUGGCUCAUUACUUUUUUGACAAAGAUGUUCGCAUGGAUUGGGAGAGCACGUUGGAGUCUUCAAAAGUUUUGGAACAACUCAGCGAGAGUUCGAUUAUAAUGCAUCAGAUUUUCAAGCGGGUGUGGCCAUCGUCCCAGAGAGAUACAGUUUUUCUUUCUCAUAUUCGGGAAAUUCCGUUAAGCGAUGCUGGUGAAAGAGUAGAAAACGAAGUUGGACGGCCGUGGAUUGUUUGCAACAACUCAAUGGAACAUCAGGAUGCUCCGAUGAACAAGUUUGUACGCGCUUCGAUCGUUGUGGGUUUGUAUUGUCAGACGUUUAUUGAACCAAGAGCUGAGGGGGAGAAGCUUACUCGAGAUCAUGUAACCUGCAAAAUUACCUACACUGCAAAUGUAAACCCGGGAGGUUGGGCUCCACCUUCGGUAGUGCGAGCUGUAUCAAAACGUGAAUACCCGAAGUUUCUCCGAAAAAUCAGCUCAUUCUGUCAAAACGCGUGUAAGGACAAACCCAUCACCUUGUGAGUGGAGAACAUGGAGUACACUUUAACGGUCCUUGAAGGGAAACCCAGGUCAUGGAUAUCGUCAACAGUCGACGAGGAUUUUCCUCGCGGAACACGGAACAUUUUUCAUGUGGAGAUGAAAACUUAAUUUGGAACCAACAUAAUUUUGUUAUUAAGUACACCUUGGAACAUUUAGUGAUAAAGCUUUAAGACCUCUGCUCGCCUCGCCCCGCAAGGUUGGUGGCAUUUUUACACAAAAAUCGAUUUAAAAAAACGCUUACUAAACAAGCCGUAAUGAGAGAGAACGUGAGUGAAGCAAAUCAGCAAAGAAAGAAGAAACGAUUUUACAGUACUUAUUAGAAUUACAGUUCACGACUCUCCUCUAUAAAAGCUCCUGAUCCUUUACUUGAGCCUUUGGAUGUCAGCUCAGAGAAGCUACUUCAACGGACUUUGGCUUACUGUAGAGUACAAUAGAAUAGCCUCUUGCAAACUAGCAAUUUUCAAUUUAGUGUUUAAAAUGACGCGGGUUGCUUUGGUUUUGCUGUGCUACGCACUGUGAUUGGUUUAGAACGCUCUUGCCACCCUCUCGACCAAUCAGAUGUAGGAUCACAACCAAUCACAACUUGGUCGCCCUUGUUUUCUCUUGCAAUGCGGUUUUCUUGUGUUUUCUUGUUGUAUUGGCUCCGCUUUGUAUUUAGCUCUGUUCUGAUCGGCUGACGAGAUUUUGAUUUUGAAUUUCACAGCCCUCAAUCGAAAUGCAUUUUGAAUAGAAAGAAAACCUCUCGAAAAACAUUUGCUAGUUUUGAAAAACACUACUAAGGUAAAAAAAUUAAACCAAAAAGGAAAGGGUGUGGGUGGGGUUUGCAAAAAAUUGAAACAGAUGACAAUAUCAUUGUCUUGUAUACUCGAAUUGUAACGUUCCUGCAAAUUAAGUUGAAUGUUAUUGUGGUUAUUGACAAAUUUUUUUACAAUUAAGCAAUUUUAAAGGCGUCGACUGCGCUUCUUAGUUUUACAGUAAAUACCCUAUAAGUUAUGGAAAGUGCAACGAGAUACGAAUUUGAAUGUACAGGUUUUUACUUUUAUCUCGAAUAAUGCAGAUGUGACGAAUUUGUAAAAAAGAUAUAGCGUCAAAAAUUAGAGACUUACAAUGACUUAGAACGGACUUAUUUCGUGGACUCCUUGGUAAGAAAUGAAGUCAGCGAAAUAAGAUCUUGAUUGAAUAUUGUUUACAGUGAGAUAAAUUAAAAAUAGUUUAUUUUGCAAUGAAUAUACUUUAAAAUGCUAAAAGGUCCAACUUUAUGAUCAAUAUUUAUUGCGCAAGAACUUAACCGAGCAAAAAAGAAAAAGAAGAAGUGAAUGAAUUUUUGUUUUGGACGUAAUUCUAUGGAAACUUUAAUGAAUGAAUAUGGACGGGUUUAGAAGAAAGCACGCACAUGUUGUUUUGUCAGGGAAUCUAAAUAAAAAAUCGAUAAUG